UCCGAGCCUCUGAUUUUUCUGUUUUAUUUGUAAAUGUCUCUGUAAAUACAGACAUAAACAGAACAUGUACUAAGAAAACACAUUUUUACAUUUAAAAUAGAAACAAACCUUAGCUUUUACUACGACGAAUAACCCGGAAGUCGUAGCGUGACGUAAGCCAUGAACACAGUUAGCUAGCUUCUGAGCUAGUUAACGAGUAGUUGUUGUUUUCAGGGCUUGUCUUUUGUUAUUAAUCUGCCUAUCAGCAAAUAUUUUUGAGUAGGUUUUAGUCGAUAUCGGCCAUGGACGACGAAAGUUACCCAAGAACCCUGUAUGUGGGAAACCUGUCCAGGGAUGUUACAGAGAUCCUGAUUUUACAGCUCUUCACCCAGAUAGGACCCUGCAAAAGCUGCAAGAUGAUCACAGAGCACACAAGCAAUGACCCUUAUUGCUUUGUGGAGUUCUACGAGCGCAGAGAUGCAGCUGCAGCCCUGGCAGCCAUGAAUGGCAGGAAGAUACUAGGAAAGGAAGUUAAAGUCAACUGGGCAACCACCCCCAGCAGCCAGAAGAAAGACACCUCCAAUCACUAUCAUGUUUUUGUGGGUGAUUUGAAUCCAGAGAUUACUACUGAUGAUGUCAGGGCUGCAUUUUCACCUUUCGGAGCAAUCUCAGACGCUCGUGUCGUGAAGGACAUUACAACUGGCAAAUCAAAAGGGUAUGGAUUUGUGUCCUUCUACAACAAACUGGAUGCAGAAAAUGCGAUCUCUCACAUGGCGGGCCAGUGGCUCGGAGGGCGGCAGAUCAGGACCAACUGGGCGACGCGUAAACCCCCGGCCCCAAAAAGUGCUCAGGACAAUGGCUCAAAGCAGCUGAGGUUUGAUGAUGUGAUGAAUCAGUCGAGUCCACAGAACUGCACAGUGUACUGCGGCGGGAUCCAGUCGGGUCUCACAGAACAUCUGAUCCGACAGACGUUUUCACCAUUUGGUCAAAUCAUGGAGGUCAGGGUGUUUCCUGAGAAAGGAUAUUCCUUCAUCAGGUUCUCCACCCAUGACAGCGCUGCGCACGCCAUCGUCUCUGUAAACGGGACAGUCAUUGAGGGGCAGAUGGUGAAGUGCUACUGGGGCAAAGAGUCUCCUGACAUGGCAAAAAGCCCUCAGCAGGUGGAUUACAGCCAGUGGGGCCAGUGGAGCCAGGUGUACGGGGACCAGCAGCACCAGUACGGCCAGUACAUGGCCAACGGCUGGCAGGUUCCCUCCUACAACAUGUACGGACAGACAUGGAGCCAGCAGGGAUACGGAGCCGAGCAGUCGCAGUCGUCAGCCUGGAUGGGCGGCUACGCCUCGGCCCCGACGCCUCCCGACGCCGUCGUUUCCAACGUGGGGAACUUCAACAUGGCCGGCUACCAGAUGCAGUGAGAGGUUUCCGACCCGAACACACCACCAAGGGAAAAAACAAAAACAAACGGCACUUUUCAUCCGGACAGAAACGAAAGAACAGGAGUCGUAUUUAUACAGAGUUUGGUCGUUAACAACCGGUUUUAUAAAUCACUCUCCUCCUGACUCAGAACUUUGUUUAUAUGGUGAUUAUUUACAAUUUUAAUGUUUUAGAAAAGGAAAACCAAAGCAGCGAACCUGGCCUGAAUACCGAAGGAUAAACCAAAACUUUAAACAUUUGAAGUCCAAACAAAAAAAAAAAAAAAACAUCCAAUAGUCACUAAUUUUGCUGUUUUUAAAUCCAAAACUUGACAUUUCGAAACACUUUGGGAAUGUGAUGAAUUUAGCAGCAUGAAUGUUAAAUCAUCUUCCCUCCCAGUCUGGAAAUGUUUUUUACAAAUAUAUUUUAAUGGAUUCACUAAUCGGGAAGUUUUUCUAAAACACAGAACAAACUUUUUAGUUUCUCCUUCUCAUGUCGGGUUUUGAUGCAGUUUUGCAUAAAUCAGUCGUUUAUGAAGAUUAUUAUUCGGCUGCUUCGUGUUGCUCUUCAAAAUAUGUCAGAAAUUUAAGUGGAAUUUUUGUUUUCCUGAAUAAAGUUUGUGUACAAAGAAAACCUAAGAACGGUAUCUUUUUAAAGGAGUUUAUGUUCAUCUUUUGCAGUGGAGGGCUUGUUGUUUUCAGACGUUGAUGGUUUUAUUUUGGAUGAUAGUUUGAAUUUGUGCAGUUGAAUCUGGAAAAGGCUGCACCUUUAUAGUCCCUGUGUAAAUAAUAUUAAAACUUGGUAGAGGUGACAGGCUUUGUGCUCAUUUUGAAGCAGUUUGGUCAGAGGAGCUCUCUCUUUUUAAAUGUUGUCUGGUUGGCAGCAGGAUUUAUUUAGCUUUCAUUUGAUGCUUACAAAAUUGAGCAAGAUUUUACAUUUUAAUUUCCAGUCAAAUUACGAUAAAACAAUUACUUGAAUCCUGAUGUUUUGAGUUUUACUUGUGCUAUUCUGCAUGGUGUGUCAGAAUUUAAAGGGCAUAUAUCAGCAUUUUCACCAGGAAGAUUCAUCAAUAAAAAUUGAGAAAAAAAACUUAGAAGUUGCUCAAAAGUGAUAAAAAAUCUCCAUCUUGAAUUUUAAUCAAUUGAAUAUUGAUAUGGUGAUUUUUGAGGUACAUUGGAGACUUAGCCAUCUGGCACCCAACCUUGGGAUUUAUCUGCUCUUUCUGUAAUUCACCACAAAAACCAAAUAUAGACCACAAAUUUUGCCAGAUGAUGCGAUUCUAGCUAAAAUAAAUGUACAGUGAUUGUGUAAGCCUCACUUUUCCCAAAUAAAAUGUCUCUUACUACAAUGCUUUGUGACCCGCCAGAAAGUUAUCUUCAGGUUUGUUAUUUGCAAGCCAAGUUCUUUAGACCUAAAAGUGCUGGAUAAGAGGAAUAAAUGCUGGUUUGUAAUGAUUCAUUAUCAGGGCUAAACAUGCAUGAGAAACUUUUGGGGAUUUAAUUCGACCUGCAGAAAUCAGUAAACAUUUUGUGGACAGAUAAAAACAGCUGGAAAAAGAAAACAGAUAUUUAAUUUCUGGGUAAACUUGAUGCUCACAACCAUGUCCACCUUAGCGGUGAUCCGUCUUAGCCGGGUUAUAAACGCUGUGUCCUCUUACUUUAUUCCUUUAAUUUAUUUCAUAAUACUGAAAAUAAAACAUCAAUGGUCCUCUUUUUAAAAGAGUUUCUUCAGGAAAAAAACAAACUGAAUAUCACAGCUUCCAUAUAUGGUAUUCACUUCCUGUUUAAGAGCAGUGUGGUUACCAAGGUGUUUUUAUUGACAAAAAUUAUUUUAAAAAUCUACUAGAGGGUUGUUGUUUUCAGUUUUUGUGGAUUGAACCUCUGCUGUAUGAUAUGUGCCCUUUAAGAAGCCAAUUUCUGUGCUGAACGAAAUGUUUUGGUUCUUUUCAGUUUUGAAGUGUUCAAGGAAUCCUUUAUAAAAUGUACAUAAUGUUGAUUAACACCCUCUAGAAGAAUAUUCUUUUUGAAUAUUUUAGCAGCAUAAUUUAUGAAUAUGCCUUAAUUGAUUUGUUAAUAAAGUCAAACGGCCGAUUUGUUUUGAAAACGUUGAAUUUUUCCUCGUACCUGUGUGUGUGUGCCAUUUCCUGUGUGCAGCAGGAAGUGGCUGAGAUGCUCAAACGAAUCUCAGCCACUUCCUGCUGCACACAGCAGGAAGUGGCGCGAAUGUAAUUAUUUUUUGGAGCUGUUGAAGUUAGCAGAAAAGGAAACUCAGUCACUUCAAAUAAAGGAGCAUUUGUA